AAUAAAAGUAGGAAUUUCCGCACGAAAAGCAUUGUUGUUUGCGCCGUUUUGAAUUUGAUUCUCUGCGCCCUGACGUUCAUCAUACAUAAAGUAGCUCACCUGGAUUUCGUGCCAAGGAUUUGAUACUUUUCAUCAGUCACUCGCAUGAGCAUUAUACGCCUUCAUUCGCGUUUCGGAUUGCAUGAUAACAACGAUUUGUUCGACUACUCUAUUUGAUUUUGUUCGCAGAAUCUUUUUUGGCUGGAUGACUGAGGUUGAUUGGUCUCAGGUUUUCUCGGAGAGUGCAGAGGAGUCAGGCGUUGGAAUAUAGAAGAAUAAUGGAGUUUCUGUAGAGGAUCACCUGAGGCAAGUGAUAAAGACUGCUAUUAUUCACAAAGGAAGCAUAUGCUGCUUUCACAUUUCACUUAUCUACUGAGUCUUUUUGAUAAAGAACAAUAAGGAGCCUUCUGUGUUUUAAAUUUCAGAGAAAAUAGUCGACAAAGCCAGCUAUGCAAAAGAAAAUGAGAUCUUCUUUUUGGAUGAAGGCCAUAAGUAAUAAUGAUGAGAAUGAUGCAGAGGGUGGGAGAUUAGUUAAGGACAGAGAUAAGGUGGUGCGAAGGAAAAGAAUCGUAACUUUAAACAACCGGGCCUUUUUAUCAGGAGCUGCCUAUUGCCUUUCUUCAUGUAGCAUGAUACUGGUUAACAAGUAUGUCCUUUCCAGCUAUGAAUUUAAUGCUGGAAUAUUUUUGAUGCUGUACCAGAAUUUCAUAUCGGUAGUUGUUGUUUCCAUUCUGAGCUUUCUUGGAUUAAUUACAACGGAAUCACUCACAUGGAGAUUAAUCAGAGUCUGGUUGCCGGUGAACAUAAUAUUUGUAGGGAUGCUAAUAACAAGCAUGUUUAGUCUAAAAUACGUAAAUGUUGCAAUGGUGACAGUUUUGAAGAAUGUAACCAAUGUGAUGACGGCUGUUGGUGAAAUGUAUCUCUUCAACAAGCAUCAUGAUAAUCGAGUUUGGGCAGCACUUUUCUUAAUGAUUAUUUCCGCAAUAUCCGGAGGAGUCACAGAUCUCUCAUUUCAUGUCAUUGGAUACACAUGGCAGAUUUUAAAUUGUUUCUUGACAGCUUCAUAUUCUCUGACCUUGCGGAGGGUAAUGGAUACUGCGAAGAAAGUAACUAAAUCUGGAGAUUUGAACGAGUUCUCAAUGGUCUUGCUAAACAAUAGCCUUUCACUGCCCCUUGGAAUCUCUCUCAUCAUUGUGUUCAAUGAAGUCAGUUAUCUCUCACAAACACCACUGUUGAGAUUGCCGACAUUUUGGGUGGUUAUGACAAUGAGUGGGUUUUUGGGUUUAGCCAUCAGCUUCACUUCCAUGUGGUUUCUUCACCAGACCGGCGCCACUACAUACAGCCUUGUAGGAUCACUAACAAAGAUCCCUCUUUCGAUCGCUGGCAUUCUCCUCUUCCAAGUCCCAACAACCAUCGAAAACUCAGCCAGCAUCUUCUUCGGUUUGUUGGCAGGAGUGAUGUUUGCCAGAGCAAAGAUGCAUUGAAGCAAUGCCAAACAAUUAAUUCUUGGUAACAUUGUUGUAAUCAAACAAUCAAAACUCACAAACUACUUACUG